GACGGCCACACGAUAUUUUUCCCGGGGUUGCACACAAAAUCCAGUGGGGGCUCGGUGCCACUGCCAUCCACCGGCGAUCUCGGCGGCCGCCAAUGGCCUCCGCCGCCGCAGCAGCGGGUAAGCCCCUCCCGUUCCUCGCCACCGCCGCAGCCACUUCACGGUCCCCACUUCCCCUCCUCCCCGCAGCACGGCCGGCCCCAACGACGUCGUCCCGCUUCGGCGGCCCUCCCGCUCCUGCGCCGGUGCCUGCCACUCCUCGCCGGCGCGGCGCGCACGGCGCUCGGACUGUCCGGUCUGUUCUCCCUCCCCGCAAGGGUAGUUCUCCCUCGGCGGCGACCGCGGCAGGAGGCAUGUCUGACCCUGAGCUAAGGAUGGUGCUCGAGCUCGCAACCGACGAGGAGCUGAUGGAGUUUGAGGAGAUCCUCUACGGUACCAGCUAUUUUAGCCCACUGCUGAAAUCAAUUGCAAAAAGACCCAAUUCAGAUUAUGUCGAUGUUUUGGAUGAUAUAGAGGAGAGAGAUAUUUUCAUCUCAAAAUUGGAAUCGAGGUUCCUGUAUCUUGCUGCUGAUGCUCGCUCAAUCAUAAGGGGAUGUAGACCAUCAUACAGGAAUGUCUUACUUGGAGUGAGAAGAGAACUCGGUGUUCGCUGCUCUAGUAAAUUAUGCACAGCAGACCUUGAGGCAGAAAUAUUUCUUCACCUCCUGGAUGAAUAUUCGAGCCGUCAGAAAGGCCCAGAUUUAUUUCCAUGGAACAAACAGAAACCUCCAAAAGAAAACUCUAGCCUUGGAGUUAACAAGUGGAUGGUGCUUACUAAUUCUGCUUGGAAGAUUGGAGCAAAGGGACUUGAAAGUGCAUUCUUGAAGGGUGGUAGCGCAUUGACUCUGAAAAUGAUCUAUGAAUCGUUAGCCAAGAGGCUAUCUGGAAAGAUGCUGAUGGAAGCUGGUAAAUAUGAGAUUAAGAAAGAACUUCUAAAGCAGGGUGGACGAUUAGCUGCUGCUAAUCUGGAGUCUCGAGCUGGUUUGCUUGCAGCUAGGCAGGGUUUGGCACGUGCAACGUCAAGAUAUGUUGGUCUUAGGAGCGUCAUGACAUUUCUUGGACCAAUAAUGUGGGGAACACUCUUGGCUGAUAUUGUGAUCCAAAUGCUUGGGACAGACUAUGCUAGAAUUGUGCAGGCGAUCUAUGCUUUUGCUCAGCCUUUGUGACAGAUUCGACUGACUAGGACAUGUUACAUCGAAUCUCAUGAAGAAUAACCAAGAGUGCGACAUUUCUGGGCACAUAAUGUGUACAUUCUGAUCAUGCAGUGAUUCUCCAUGAGGACUCGAGGACCGUAAGUUCAUACUUUCCAGAGAAGUUCUGCAGCUGAUGUAAGUGCAUAGAUGUUACAUGACUGAACAUUUGAUAGAUGCUAAGUACUAGGUAGGGUAGAUGACUAGAUGGCAUAGAGCACACAAAUCAUCUAUCCUUUUGAAUUCACCAAGUUUUAAGAUUGCUUCUUAGGUGAGAGCUAGCCAUAUUAAAGGCCCGGAAAAAUAUUGUAAUUGUAUUUAAGAAAUAGUUCACAAUGGCCAUUAGGGCCACCUACUCCUAAACGCGGUAGUUGUGAAUGAAUAUACAUCCGCUUCACACUUCCACGGGGGGCCGAAGUUGUAGACCAUGCAUUCCAUUCUGUUCCAGUUAAUAAUGCAACAAACGGUUCUCUUGAUCUUAAACUAUUGUCCCCAUAACAUUCAGUUAGGCAAGGCAUACUUCAUUGGCAUUAGUCCAUGCUUAUCCAGCCAUAUCUUACAGAUACGCUUACAUGUAAACACCAGGGCAGAAUUUGCAUGUGGCACCCUGCUUAUUCCCCUAAUCAAAACACUAGCCACUAAUUUGUCAAUACAGUUAAUAUAUCUUUGUUCAAAAUGGCAGCAUUUAUG